UUAGCCAUGACAGAUGUAGGCACUGAUGCAUGACGGAAUGUUGUCCACAGGUGACCUCCCCAUCAAGCGGAAAGUGUCCCGCCCACUUUCGAUUAUAAGAGAAAGUUCCGGGGAUGACCUACUUAUCGGAAAUGACGCGCCCAUCUCCUGGGAAACCGAUACUUCCGUCUCCUCAGGACUUGACCACCAACGUCAGGAACGGUCUGAAAACAGUACAAGCCGUGUGGGUGUGACAAUAAACUGCCCAGUGGUGGACACGGUCAGUGGUCACGUGGUUCAGAGGGACGCAGAAGAUGGAGAUCCGGUCAACACUGAUCAGUGUGAUCUAUUUAUAUCUGAAGACAACCAAUCACUAGCCUACACGAAAUCUCCGAAACUAGUCAGAAAACAUAAGCUCCACCGUAGCAAAACUGACAGCCAAAACCACAGGCAGACGAGGGUUAGUAGAAGGAAGGCGGUGGCUCCGUUGUUACAUCCUGUCUAUGCUUUAAACAACGAUUUGGGCACCAGAUUCAGCUGUGAUAAAAAUGACGAUACAAAUGACGAUAAGCGUGGGUUAGGCACCGUUGAAAGCGUUGAAAAUAUCAAGGAAUCUUUUUCUUCGCCUGUCCAAACCUCUGAAAAAUCAGAGUGUUGCUGUGAAAUGUGUCUGUGUUCGAACUGUAUGCUCAACCAACGCUGUCCGUGUCUGCAGAACUAUAUGGCAAGUUUUAAAAAAUCAAGGCCAGAUUUUUGUGAAAAGGCAGCCAAAAAUAGUUUUGAAAUUGACGAUUUUCUUUCCAAAAAAGAGUUAACUUCGUCGCCGGAUAAAUUUAGCGCAUGUUUAAUCUGUAGAAGUAAAAAGCCCAAAGCUGUUGACGUCAUAAGGGAUGAAUUUAUAAAUUUUGAAAAAGAUAACUUUAUGUUCGUACGGACUAAUUCAGAUAGCAGAUACAUAGUCAGGAAACAGCGAAACAAAGAUGGGGAGAAAAAUGCGAAAGGUGUUUUGGAUCAGGAACAACUUGCUUGGCGAGAAAAAGUGAAGGAAAGUUUUUCUUUCCCCUCGCUCCCGGAUAAAUUUCGUCCGUUGAGAAGAAGUGUGGGAAGUUUUGGUUCUGGAACUUUCUUGAAUAGUUUAGCGUUAGACGUGGGUGGCGUUAGGACGGAGCAGGAGACUGGUGUCAAAUUUUAUUUACCUGGUCAGAAAAAUUCUCCCGAUUAUUUAAUCAACCCCAACACCCUAGUGACGCACCAUCCGGGUAAAAUCAAAUCAACGGUCACGAAGAUUUCUUCCGUUGUUAGUCAGUUGGCGGGUGGUCGGGAAGUCACACGAAGUGAUGAUAAUAAUAACAGCAUCGUUGAUUUUAAACAACUUUCCACGUGUCCAAAAAGUUAUGGUCCACAAAAUAUUUCUGAGCAGUCACGUGAUGCGGGCUCUAAAAUCAAAAGUGAAUGCGAUCACGUGACUUCUGUGUUGACGGAAGUGAAACACGAGAGCGGUGCUACAAGGGACGUAACUCCAGAUUCGAGUGAUGAUUACAGUAUCCUGAAAGAGACGACAACUCGUCUGAAACUGUCGACCAGACGACCCAGUACUUUAGACUGGAGGGCCCGCUAUGUGGAGAACGACGAGCUCAGGAAGAGGUUGAGAGGGGUCAAGGCCGAGAACAAGGUCGUGGAGGACGGGCCGCUGACGCCGGAGAGAAAACGGAACAUUAAUGACAUGUUGGCCACGUUAAGGAUGGACCUGACCGAGCUACACUCCCAGGACCAGGACCUGGCCCGGCAGUUUUUGAACAUCCGCCAGAAGAUGAACAAGCUGAAGCUGGCGGUCCACUGUCAAGGUCACAUGACGCUGCUGGACAACGCGGAGGAGGAGAUGGCGGAGGUCCGCGAGCUCUCGCGUCUGGUGGACCUCCCAGUGGAGCUGCUGACGUCAGUGUCUUACCUGCAACAUCUGGGGGUGACUCGUAUGAACAUAACGUCUAGGAGAUUCUCUACUUGUUAAGUUUCUCACCUGGGGGUGACUCGCAUGAACAUAACAUCCAGGAGAUUCUCUACUUGUUAAGUUUCUCACCUGGGGGUGACCCGCAUGAACAUAACGUCUAGGAGAUUCUCUACUUGUUAAGUUUCUCACCUGGGGGUGACUCGCAUGAACAUAACAUCCAGGAGAUUCUCUACUUGUUAAGUUUCUCACCUGGGGGUGACCCGCAUGAACAUAACGCCGAAGUAAAAGUUAUAUUACUAUUGAUUAGAUAAUAUCAUAAUACUAUUGACUUUUAUUAGGGAGCUUGUAGAGAGUCAACAGUAUUAGAAACUGUAA